GAGGAGGAAGAGGGGGGAGGGACCCCCGGGACUCCUCCCGGGACCCCCCCCCAGUCCCGGCCCAAGGGCUCCGUGUACCGGGUGGGCUCCCGGCGCUGCGGGCGCUGCCUGAUCACGUUCCCGGACGCGGCGUUCGCCGCCCGCCACGCCAAGCGGCAGCACCCGCGGGACUUCGCGGCGGCGGCUCUUCGAGGGGCCCUCUUCGUCUGCUUCGUCUGCUCCCGCCCCUUCGGCUCCUCCCCGGCCCUGCUGCGCCACCAGCGCGGACACGCCCACCCGGACACGCCCCCCGCCGGCCGCGCCCCCCCGAAGCGCCACGCCCACCCCGAGCCGGCCACGCCCCCCCAGCCGGCCCCGCCCGGUCUGGCCUGCACCGAGUGCGGCCGCGCCUUCGCCAGGGAGGGGGCCCUGCACCGGCACUACAUCCGCCACGCCCGCGGGGAGCUCUGAGGGGAAAGGGGCCGAUUGGAGGGGCGUGGACACUCGGAAAGGGGGCGUGGCCUGUUUGGAGGGGGUGUGGUGUUACAAAAGGGGUGUGACCCGUUCGGAGGGGCGUGGUCAGUUUGGAGGGGGCGUGGCUUCUCUCCCUCUGGCGCCACCUGCUGGUGGAGAAUUAAA